UUUUAUUAUUCAAAUCCUAAUCGUGCACCAGCUUAACAGCUCGCUUACCGCACAGUCGAAGCAGAUUUUCUUUUUACUCUACAAUGAAUCGAGAUUGUGUAAGAAAUAGGUAAAAUGCAUAUAAACGUACACCGAUCAAGAAAACACUGCGAUAACUAUGAGAGUGCCGAGAAUGAAUUGUAAAUUCAAGUAUACCUGGAUUCUCAUACCAUUCAUAGCUGAUUUAUUGAAACCGGUCAACGUCCAAUUCGCAAUGCCCAUGUUCCCUGCGCCGCCUCCUCCAAUAUGCUCUAUGCCGAUGUGCCCUAUGCCUAUGCCAGUACCUUUAUUACCAAUUGCAAUACCGGGCAGAGGACCAGAUGAUAUGACGUCAUCAAGUAAGCAAACAACGACAACAACGACAACGAAAAAACCCGAGACAGUCGCCGUGGCUAUACCUGUGCCAGUCCCCAUGCCAAUGCCAAUGCCAAUGCCAGUUCCAAUGUGUGUCCCAGCUGUACCACCCAAUUCCUAUCAAAGACCAACUCAGAGACCAAUUGAAAGACCAAAGAACUGCCCUCCUUGCCCACCUUGCGUCUGUUCCCCUUCCUGUACACCAUCGUUCUUUUCAUACUGCUCUCCGUGCCAUAUGAAAUGUAGAUGUAAGAACAAAGAGGAUGCACCCGAACCGUUACCAAACAGGCCGGCACAAGGUCCAGCUUAUGGACUCCCUGUUCCAAUACCAGCUGUUAUGCCACCUCCAGUAGUCAUGGUCCCUUACCAUCCACCAAUACUUGUUCCACGACAAGACAGAUAUAGAUCAAAGAAAGACCGAAAACCUAUAUCUUCAUCAUGCUCUGACGACUCCACUCAAUCGACCAGCUCUGAAUCAGAUUUUUAUCAAAGAAAACGUAGACAUAAAAAGAGAAAACGAUUUGGUGGUCACAGAAGAAGUCUUCGUAGUUCAGACAGCGACAAUGAAUUAGUGAAACCGAUGCUUAGUUAUAUUGCUGAUAACGGGGAUGUUAAAUUCAAAACUAAGAUUAGCGGUGAUGAUGUAGCAGAAUUGCUGGGCGAAAAGGAAGAUUUAACUAAAAAUUAUCACACAGUUCGUGUAAUGACGGGUGAAGAUGAGAAUAGUAAGCCUAAAGCACUUGUGGUUUCAAAUAAGAGUGGAAAACGAAAACGUGAAAGAUACAAGAAAGUUUUGUUACGACAAGGAGUAAAUCAUGUUCUAGAAGACGGCAGGAAGGAGCUGAUAUUUAGACCACCCGGUAAUAAGAAAAUUAGUAAUUUAUCAGUAUCUUUUCAAUUAAGCUAGUUAGUUUAAAUUAACUUAGAUUAAUAUAUUAUUUAUUUUACAUAUUGUAUAUCAAGCAUUAGAAUUUUUAAAGUUUAUACAGAUUAUUAAAGAUUGUUUUAUAUAAAAAUCGUUUUCCGAUAAAAUUUCACUAUCGAAAAUCAAAAAUCUAAGCACUUUCUUCACCCUCUUACAUAAACAGAACUCACAUAACAUAGCAACAAUGUCACGUAACAAUAGCAGGUACUAAUUCAUACAAGCACAAUGCACAAUAAGGUACCAAAUCAUAUAAAACACCACGAGAAUUUAAAAGUCCAUUAUAUAGUUUUGAAUUCAAGAAAUGCAUAGCAGUGUCCUCUUUCCAAUUCUGAUAAGCAAAGUAUGUUCCUUUGCUUUACCACAAAGACAAUCAAUGAUGGACAUUCUAAUGAAACGUUAUGAAAACACAAACUUUAAUAAGCUGUUGUAUCAAAAUCAAAACAACCUGGUGACGUACCAAAACCCUUGGCAAAUGGAUCAGAAUAUAAAUCCAAUGGACAGAAAUUUUGAGAAUAAUACAAGUAGUACAAAUUGUUGUACGAAUUUUCCAUGCCCGAACCCAUGUUUUCCACCAUCAGGUUACUCGAUGUCUGCACCAAUAAUUGUUCCUGCUAGAGCAGUAUUUGAACCAGUGGUACAUAAUCACCCACCGUUGCAUAAGAUAAAGAAAAUUAUUAG